UUUCCCCUUCUCUUCUCUUCGUUUCCAUCUCUCCACAAAUCUUCGUUUGAUCUCUGGUGCGAUUUCAGAUAAACAAACAGUGCACGCAUUUUGGUCCCCCGAAUCAAAUGUUAGCUGUGUUCAAUAAGAACGUGGCCAAGUCCCCGGCGGAGCUCCAGAGCCCGGCCGCCGGUAGUGCCGCCUCCGCUCUCAAAGAUGGGUUCAUGGCCAAGCAUUUCGAGUCCCUUCACCCUGGUUCCGUCAUCGUCAAUCUCGGCUCAUCUGGGUUGAUCGCAUACUCUCUUCAUAAGCAGAAUCCUCUCGUCCCUAGGUUAUUCGCAGUGGUGGACGACAUCUUCUGCUUGUUCCAAGGCCACAUUGAGAAUGUAGCCGUCCUGAAGCAACAGUACGGGCUAAACAAAGCUGCGAAUGAGGUUAUCAUCGUCAUUGAAGCUUACAGGACUCUCAGAGACCGUGGGCCAUACCCUCCGGAUCAAGUCAUCAGAGACAUCCAGGGCAAGUUUGCUUUCGUGCUCUAUGACAGCGCUGCCAAGGCCACAAUGUUUGCUUCUGAUGCUGAUGGAAGUGUACCCUUCUUCUGGGGAACUGAUUCUGAAGGUCAUCUUGUUCUUUCGGAUGACACUGAAGUUGUGAAGAAGGGUUGUGGUAAAUCUUUUGCGCCGUUCCCCAAAGGAUGCUUCUUUACCACUUCUGGAGGGUUGAGGAGCUUUGAGCACCCGCUGAAUGAGUUGAAGCCUAUACCAAGAGUCGACAGCUCAGGCCAGGUCUGUGGUUCAAACUUCAAGGUGGAUGCAGAUGCUAAGAAAGAGAGCGGUGGCAUGCCUCGAGUCGGAAGCUCUUACAACUGGUCCGAGCACUACUGAGUACAGACCGAGCUAUAACCCCCGAGUGGCAAGGCUUUUGUUAUUAAUAGGGCCUUUUUUCCCCCAUUGCCUUCGACGCUAUCAUCUUGUUUGAAUUUUGCUUGUUCUGAGAUGUUGCCACCUUUGUACUACUGGUAUUAGUAUCCGGGGAGCUCCUGUACAUGUUGCUCGUGAUCAAAAUUCGACUAAAGGGAGAUUCCUACUCCUGCUGAAUAUAUCAUCAUGAAAUAAGAAAUAUUUCCCUGUACAAGGGAUUUGCCAACUAUAAGCCAAAGGCCGGAAGAGAGACAAGUAGCAACGACGAUCAUAAGUUCUUUCUGUCGUAUUACAUACUUAAUAUACCAAUUCCUAUCGC